AUGAAGCACAACGACAUGGUACAGGCCAACAGUAGCCUCUCCCACAGUCGCCGCCUCGGCGGUGCCCUCAACAUUCCCAUGUCCCCCGUUGUAUUGGCGAAGGCUUUUGACAAACUUCAAUACGAUUUGCGAUACUCUGGAAAUGCAUCAAGUGAUGUUCCAAGCGCACAACAGCAACACAUCAGCGACAUAAACGAAGAAGUCUAG